GAGUAUCAGAGCGAGCCAACUCGCGCAGUGGGCUAUUUUUGUAGUCAGUUCUCAAUGUUCGUUUGGGAUAGUUAGUCAGUGGUUCACACGUCAUCCCUCUUUAUUUUUUCAGAUCCAGUAACACAGAACCACCAUGGCUGACGACGAGGCAAAGAAGGCCAAACAGGCCGAAAUCGACCGGAAGAGGGCGGAGGUCCGGAAGCGGAUGGAAGAAGCAUCCAAGGCCAAAAAGGCAAAGAAAGGUUUCAUGACCCCAGACAGAAAGAAGAAAUUGAGGUUGCUUUUGAGGAAAAAGGCCGCCGAAGAAUUAAAGAAAGAACAAGAAAGGAAAGCAGCUGAAAGGAGGAGGAUUAUUGAAGAAAGGUGUGGUAGCCCAAAAGAUUUAGAUAAUGCAAAUGAAGAGGAACUCAAGAAAAUCAUCCAGCAAUAUUAUGAUCGAAUGUAUUUAUGUGAAAGUCAGAAAUGGGAUUUGGAACAUGAGGUCCGAAAACGUGAUUUUGAGAUCGCUGACCUGAACAGUCAAGUUAACGACCUAAGAGGAAAGUUCGUUAAACCCACAUUGAAAAAAGUUUCCAAAUACGAGAACAAAUUCGCCAAGCUCCAGAAGAAGGCAGCAGAAUUUAACUUCAGGAAUCAACUCAAAGUCGUCAAGAAGAAGGAAUUCACACUGGAAGAAGAAGACAAAGAGAAGAAACCAGAUUGGUCCAAGAAGGGAGACGAAAAGAAGGUAAAGGAAAUCGAGGGUGAAGCGAUUGAAGCUUAAGUAUCCACACGAUUGUCUCUUUAAUUUAUUCAUUCAUCAUUUCGGCCACGAUAUCCCAUUCAUUCUACCCCUAACUUUCAUUCAUGUUUUUAUUUAUUUUUAAAAAAAGAAAAAAAAAAAAACAAACGCACGAUGGAGUCCAUUUUUUCUAGCAUGACCUACCAAGUGGAAAAACACCGAGCAGUUUACAAAUGGACAUUCUAAACCUCACAACCUGGAGAAUAAAUACCUCUACCUCCAUGUCAUGUACAAAUAACACCUCCCUCCAUCACACCCCAGUUCAUUGCUACCCCCACCACUUUUUUCAUUUUAAUUUAUAAUUGUAUAUUUAUUUCUUACAUUAUUUUGGGUCUACAAUCGUUCAUUAUGUAAGUCCAUCUAAUAAUUUGAGCAUGCCUGAAUGGGUCAAUUUUUAUGUCUGCACCAUGUGUCAAAAAUCCUAUCUGUAUUAUAAUCACCCUCACGUGUCAGAUAUAUAUUUUUAUAGCUCUUUCGAUAAACGCAUAGCAUGAAAACCGUUUGGAACCCUCUUUUGAGAUGGCUCUCCAAUUUUCAAAGCCCGUGCUCACAAUGGAUAAAAUUCAUUUCCCGAAUGUACGUGUUUACCUAUGUGUAUUUGUUAGAGACCCUUUCAGUCCAAUCUUUUUGUAUGUUAUGAAUGAUUCGCCUAUUUUAUGUUACCUAUUUAAUAAAAUAUUUUUGAUUCAAUUCUUA